UCUUUUUUUCUUUCCUCCAACCCACGUGGCAGAGCUUUACCGAGGAACUUUACAAUGGAGUUGUGCUUAUGCAGCUCUGUAGUUGGCAAGUCCCUUCAUGUAGCAGCCUGGGACGUAUACACAGGUGUUGUGCAUCGUGUCUACUCGUGUGAGUGCGGCUCUGCUGAUGAUCUGAGCAAUGGCGGAGCUUGUCUGUGCUUGUUGGGUCAUGAUCACCUCCUCUGCUCUCUUCCAUCCCUGCCUCUCAUUUAUGUGUGGAGCUCGUAUAAGGAACAAGUGCAGUUGAAGAUAGCUUGCCCUGGAGUAGUGUUAGCAUUGGCUGGAUCUCCUGAUGGGGUCUAUUGUGCAGCAGCCAUCAGCGAAAAGAUACACGUCUGGGAGGCGUGCUCUGGUCAUCUUCUCGUCGUUGCCUCCCUCCACUACCAGCCGGUGAGGGUGCUCCAGUUCACUGACGAUGGAACUCACUUACUAUCGGGAGGAGACGACUGUAGAGUGGUCGUCUGGAAGGUGGCCAGGUUGCUGUCAGAUGCAUUUGAUUCAAGUGGGUGUCGACUCCCGUACACUGACCACGCCCCCACCAGCCUCACAAGUGACACUUCCCUCACACGUCACGUGUGGAGCCACCACUCUCAGGCCGUGACCAGUCUCCACUGUGGGAAGGGGGGUGCUCUCAAGGCUAGGGUAGUCACUGCUUCACUCGACCAAACCUGCAAAGUGUAUGAGCUGUCUUCCGGUAGCCUGCUUUGCUCUAUAUUAUUUGACUUUGGCCUGACCUCUGUUACUAUGGACGCAAACGAAUACUUUCUAUUUGUGGGAGGAUUCAACGGAACCAUCUCACAAGUGAACCUCUACACACACUUGAGCUCCAAGACGCAAGCACUGAGUUUAUUCAGUGAAGAAGAGACCACUAGCCAUUCACAGUUUAUUGGACACAGCACUGCUAUCAGUGGUCUGACAGUGAGUUGUUGGUCUAGUCAGAUAGUGUCGAGUUGUCGGGAGGACGCUGUGAGGGUGUGGGACAUAGCCAGUCGCCAAACCAUUAGACAAGUCAAGAUGAGAGGACCUGUGUUGGCGCUGCUAAAGCCUGGACUGGACUUUGACCUGAGUAAACCCUCCGAGACCCGGGCGACCUGGUUCCUACCCACCCCUCUCUCCAUAGCACCAUUCAAGAAACAGCUUCACUUCAAGAAAGAUAAAGGCCACGCUGGAGACAAGUCUUUGUUAGUGCAGACAAGGAGAAGUUUUGAUCCACUCUGUGAACUACACACAGGUCCACUAAAGGAACUGGAUUGUGGCUACUCCUUACCAACUUUGUCUAAACACUUCUCAGAGAGCUUGGCUGAUUACAAGCUGCAGCAAGAGUUAUCGGAGGUCAAAGAGGUCAACAAGAAGCUGUACAAAUUCAUGAUGGAACAAUUAUUUGAACCUUCAACCGAUAAUACAACAGAUAGAUAGACUUGACUGUUGUCCAUAUCAACUAUAAUUGUAAUCAUUAUUACCAGAUUAUUUUUUGUGAACUGUUUUUCACUGUAAUUGUUAUUAUGGUGUCACACUA